AUGGCCGCGCGGACGCUCGCGUGCGUCGCGAUACUCGCCCUCGCGCUCGCGGUCGACGCGUCGAAUAUAUGUGCAUCCUUGGACGCGUCGUUGACGGUGGGUGAUCGACGAACGAACGCCGGGUCGGCGCGUUUGCGAGUCGGUGCGUUUAACGCGAGGUGGUUAUUCGAUGGUGUUUCCGACGUCAGCGCGUCGCCGUACGCGAACGGCGAGGCGAACGCGGCGCGAGAGCACGGACGGAUGGUGAAUGAGGUUAUUCGCGCGAUCGACGCCGACGUCGUGGUGUUGACGGAGACGGAGACGUGCGAGACCUUGGACUGGGCGCGCGAGGGGACGCCGAACGUCGCGCGCGCGUUGGUCAAGGGAACGGACACGGCGACGCAGCAACAGAUUGGGAUAUUGUCGAAGAUAUCGUUCGUGGAAGAGCCUUGGAGAAGGGAGGAUCGAGCGGAUUACGACGCGGCGACGUCGGCGUGCGGGUACUCGGGGAGUAAGAAUAGCGGGGUGUCAAAGCACGCGGUGGCUCGAUUUAAAGUGGGCGCGCGCACGGUGGCGCUCAUCGGUGCGCAUUUGAAGGCGAAUCCGACGCAAUCGAGCAGUUGUGCGCAGCGUGAAGCUCAAGCGGAAGUUCUGCGAUCGAUCGCGCGAGAGCGGUUCGAGGCGGGAGACGCGGUGAUCGUCGCGGGUGACCUGAACGAUUACAGCGAUUUACACGUCGACGCCGGUAACAAUUCACCGACGUCGCGCGUGUUAAGAAUGCUUCGCGACUUGAAUAACGACGGAGUGGACGAACUUCAGGAAGUGGGAGAACUCGUCGCGGUGAGCGAUCGAUACACGUGGCGAUCGGGGAGUUCAAAGGCAAAACUUGACUACAUCUUGGUCAGCAGGAGCGAUUUCGAUCUCGUCAGCGCGUCGAUACAGCACGAUCUCGUAAACGCGAGCGUAUCCGAUCAUUUCCCCUUGCUCGCUAUCGUCGAUGUAUUGACGACGAGAGACACGAGCAGAUUGCUCGCAUCGACGGCGAAUGCGACGAGCGCGAGUGCGACUUUAUACAUCGCUGCGCUCACAGCAGUGCUCACAAUUUAUCUCGUCAAGUAG